AGGAAAUAAGUCCGUCUAGAAUUUGCGUCUGAUUCAGAACGAACUGAAGCGUUAAUUCCGAGGUAGAGGCACGAGUUGAAGCAUGCAUUGUCACGUUUUACCAAAGUAUCUUGAUAGGGAAUGAUAACCUUACUCAUCAAAGCUACACGUCAAAGUAAAGAUAAGUUAUUUUGCCGUUUGCAAAGCAACAUGUCUGAGGAAUUACUACAGCGAGUGAGAGACCUGGAAGGAGAGGUGGGGAGAUUGAAAGCACAGCUGAGAGAGAAGGUCAAGGAAGGAACUGGGGGUGAGAUGGCGGUGUCAACCAACUCUGAUGGAAAGAAGGAUACCAGCAAGCCUGAUGCUGGUGGCAGGAAAAAGGGCAAAAGAGGGAGUCGGGACCGACCGUUUGAUUUCUCUGCCCAUCCUCGGCGCCAUGUUGCACUCCGCUUAGCCUACCUGGGCUGGGCCUAUCAGGGCUUUGCUGUCCAGGAGAACACAGACAACACUGUGGAAGCCCGGCUCUUCGAGGCUCUUCUGAAGACUCGACUGAUCCAGGAUCGCCAGAGUUCUAACUAUCACCGUUGUGGCCGCACUGACAAAGGAGUCAGUGCCUUUUCCCAGGUCAUGUCCAUAGACUUGCGCUCCACUCAGUUUUGUGGAGGCCUAGGAGUGACUCUCCCUUCCAAUGUCGAUGCUGGUGUCAAGAACGAAGUGGACGUGGCGGAGCUACCUUAUGUGAAGAUGCUGAACAGAGUCCUGCCCCAGGACAUCAGGAUUCUCGACUGGUCACCUGCUCCGCAGGGCUUCAGUGCGCGCUUCGACUGUCAGUCUAGAACCUACCGGUACUACUUCCCACGCGGGGCUCUGGAUGUAACGUUGAUGGCAGAGGCUGCCAAACGCUACGAGGGCACUCACGACUUCCGCAACCUCUGCAAGAUGGACGUGGGCAACGGAGUGCUGCAGUUCCAGAGGACCAUCCUGUCUGCCACGGUCCAGCCUGUCCAUCAAACUUCCCCUCCUGCGCCCACUACCGCAGACCCAUACGACCUCUACAUAUUUGAGAUCAAAGGACUGGCCUUCCUCUAUCACCAGGUGCGGUGCAUAAUGGCAGUGCUGCUGCUGAUUGGCCAGAAGCUGGAGCCCCCAGAGAUAGUGGAUCAACUCCUGGAUGUGAAGAAGAAUCCCAGGAAACCCCAAUACAGCAUGGCGGUGGACUUUCCCCUGGUGCUGUUCGACUGCCAUUUUGAGGGGUUGAGUUGGCGCAGGGAGGCUGAGGAGGUGGAGCAUGCCCUGACCACGCUGCAGCACCACUGGACACAGACAGCAGUCAAGACCCAGGUCAUUCACGGCAUGAUCCAAGGCCUAGACAGCACAGGUGGGACCUCCUCUCCCCAUUGCUGGCUGAUGGAAGGUACCAAACAGCGGACCUAUCGGCCCUUGCUUGAGCGUCCACGCUGCGAGAGCCUGGAGUCCAGGAUAGAACACUUUGUUAAAAGAGGCAGGCUUGAACGAGAAGAAGGGGAAAAUGGUGGCGAAACGGUACACAAGGGCAAAAGGCCAAAGCACUCGCACAAUACCUCCAUUUCGUCUGUCCUCCCCGACGUGUCGCCGUCCUUCUGACCCCAGGGCCAAUUAGAAACCAUAAGAUUGACACCUGCUAGAGAAAUUGGACUUAUCAUAUAAUAUUGUCUGAAUUCUUAAUGCUGUUAUUUUACUUUUAGAUUAUUUUUUUAUGUAAUGGAGAAACAAUUGUAGGUUUUUGUUAUUCUCUGGAAUAAAUCAAUUUGAGAUUCAUCCGAAAGGGUUUAAAAGUCUAAUGGAGAACUUGGAUAGGGGAUUAAAAUAACCUUUCAUCAUUGAAGAUUUGUCAAGUUAUGUGGCCCACCCAUAGAAUUAGAAUUAAUUAUAGUAAUUUAAUAGGAUCUCUGUUCCCACCAAGGAAGCUCAAGUCAACAUUUGUCACAAUCAGGCAGAACCUUUCGUAGAAUUCGAGUGAAUACUGGGAGCUUAUUAUCGAUGCACUGAGCUAAACUAGCUCGUAAGCUAAAGAAAGUUGACUAGCUAACUUGGAUGUUUCUUACCUAACCACAGAUGGAACAAUGAACCAGAUGUAUAAAUCUGAAGCAUCCGGUUGGCAUUUCCAAUCACCACCAAAUAUGUUGAUGAGAGGAAGCCCAGUGGCCGGCAUUGGAGGAAGAUGGCGCGAGAUGGAUUUUGGCCAACAUUCUGCAAAUUUUCUCAUCUAUUAAACACUUGAUCGCAAUAGCUCUGCCUCCUUUCAACGCAGAUGCGGAAGUGCGACAUCGGCGGAUGCAGUGGAUUGAGAUGCAUCCAUUGCAAAACCCAGAUAUCUCUAGCUUAAACUGACAGAUUUUGAUGAUGAUUUUUUUCAAAAUGAUGUUAUAUAGAUUGACAUACUUGUAACAUUCUCAGAACACCACCAAUUGUGUGCUAUUCUAGGUACCCAAGGCAGAGCAUCUAUCCUCUCAGAACAGAGAUUGUCAUUGUUGGCUUGCAAAAGAAUCAAGGCACAUCAACACAGUGAUCCUCGAAAUGAGAUUUUACAAGUUCAAGGUAAACAUUAAUUAUGUUAUCACUGAACCAAUUUCCAUUGCUUAUUGUAUCAAUAUUCUUAGCUGUGAAUGAAGACAUUUUCCUCUGAGUUGGCUUAGUCGACUAACCUGUACCCCAGCACAUUGACUCUGUAUUUAUUUUGAUUUAUCCUUUAUUUAACCAGGUAGGCUAGUUGAGAACAAGUUCUCAUUUACAACUGCGACCUGGCCAAGAUAAAGCAAAGCAUUGCGACACAACAACAGAGUUAUACGUGGAAUAAACAGCGUACAGUCAAUAACACAAUAGUAAAAAAGAAAGUCUAUAUACAGUGUGUACAAAUGCCGUGAGAAGGAAAGGCAAUAAAUAGGCCGUAGUAGCGAAGUAAUUACAAUUUAGCAAAUUAACACGAGUGAUAGAUGAGCAGAUGAUGAUGUGCAAGUAUAAAUACUGGUGUACAAAAGAGCAGAAAAGUUUUAAAAAACAAUAUGGGGAUGAGGUAGGUAGAUUGGAUGUUCUAUUUACACAUGAGCUAUGCACAGCUGUAUCGAUCGGUUAGCUGCCCUGAUAGCUGAUGUUUAAAGUUAGUGAGGGAAAUAUAAGUCUCCAGC